CAUGCGGUGAGUUUUACACACAGUUUAAUGAUGGCGAUGGGACAUUUGAAAUCAGGACGCGUCACCUGUGGGAAAGUCUUCAGUUACUUCAUCUACCCUCAGUAGCACGCUUGCUCAAGAGUAAACUAACUUAAUUGUUUGAAAUGUCGCCGGACAGGACGCUUUACAGCUGACACCUCAGAUUACACGAACGCGGGAUUUAACCAAGAGGAAAAACUUAGCUUGCCAUGUCUCUCCUCUGCGUGAGAGUUAAGAAAGCCAAACUUCACGGAUCUUUAGAUAAAUUCAAUGCCUAUGUUACACUUAAAGUACAAAAUGUGAAGAGCACAACCAUCACAGUGCGUGGAGACCAGCCAUGUUGGGAGCAGGACUUCAUGUUUGAGAUCAGCCGACUGGACCUGGGCCUUAUUGUAGAGGUAUGGAACAAAGGUCUCAUCUGGGACACCAUGUUAGGUACAGCCUGGAUCCCUCUUAAAAGUGUACGUCAUUCAGAGGAGGAGGGUCCUGGCGAGUGGAUAUUUCUGGACUCUGAAGUUCUGAUGAAGGCAGAUGAGAUAUAUGGGACCAAAAACCCAACGCCACAUCGAGUCCUGCUGGACACUCGCUUUGAGCUGCCUUUCGACAUCCCAGAAGACGAGGCUCGAUACUGGACUGGUAAACUGGAACGCAUCAAUUCUAUGAGUAUGCACAAUGAGUUUCCCUUACAGGAUGAAGUAGCAGGACGAUCAUUGCCAUGUGCUGCAUCUCAGUGCUCAUUGGAUGACUUGGACAGUGCCAUGGACGAUAGGGACAGUGACUAUCGGAGUGAGACGAGCAGUAGUUUACCUCCCCGGUACCACACCACAGCCCAGCCCAACUCCUCGCUUCACCAGUAUCCCAUGGGACCACGCUGCCAGCAAAACAUGGACUCCUGCGCUGACUCUGUUCAUAGCUUUGAAAUUGACUAUAGGGACCACCAUGCCAGCAGAACUUCUAAUCACAGGGGUAGGGUUAGGAUUGUCCCAGUAGAUUCAGGCAUGGGUGUGGAGGACUGGGAACUCAAAUACAAACUAAAGGGUAAAAGUGCCCUGGAUGAGUUUCUUGAUAGGGAGGAACAGACAUGGGUUGAUGAGAAGGAGAGCCAAAAUGAUAUUAUUGGUUUUACAAAGACUUACCAUAACCAGCUGUCACCAACCAAAAACAAAAAUGCUUGCCUCGGUGCUGCUUACCCAGAAGGCUAUGCCACCAUUGACCGAAGGCGGAGGAAAAAAAUCCAGGACCCAGGAGGGCCUGAGCUUGCUGGGCCUUUUCUUUCUGAUCUUGCCCUUCUCCAUCGAAAACGAGGUGAACUUGUCUCACGCCAGGUGAAAGAAAUGGAGGAGGCAGAUGAAAACAUGAUACCAUGCCUGAUGCCGUACAAAAAUGGCUUUCUCUACAAAAGUAGAACUUGGGCCAAAAACAGGCUUGAACACUCACUGGAGAAUUAUGUUGCAUAUCAAGAGGAGAUAGACAGACAAAGGGAGGAUGUAGGCUUUGAUUCUGAGGGUUCAGAUGAGCUGCAAUAUUCCUUUGGAUCUGAGGAUGAGUUAGAGGAAAUGUCCUCCUUAGCUAAAGCACUCAGGGCUGAGGAGAGAAAGAAUUAUGGACACUGUGGAUAUAUCUCAACUUAUGGCAUUUCAGCUGAGAGACCUGGUUACCGUGAUAAGAAAAGUGGAAAGUGUAAGAUUGGGGGAUGGGCUCCAGAGGUUAUGCUGUCUCCUGUAGAGGAGCCAAGUGAUGAAUAUGUUGAUCCUAUGGAUGAGCUUCAGUGCUUGGUUGAAACCGUAUCAGAAUAUCUAGCUGAAAAAGAAGAGGAGAUCAGUAGAUACGGAUCCUUGCCCAAGUCUAACAAAUCAAGGUUGCCUUCCCAGGAUAGUGCAAGAGCAGAAUCUGUUGGAGAUGAGCAAGGUAUCCCCCCUAAGGAAAGUAAAGAAAACCCCAUAGAUCCCAAAGAAAGAAAUUCUGGUGGUGCUUCUGAUCAUGGAGGGGCAGGGGUAAAGAAUGCCAUGAGUUCAUUAUUUAGCUCUUUUACUGAUAAAGUUGUUUCUAAUUCGAAACAUGUGGGAAGUUCCAAGUCUGUUGAACAAUCAGAGACACCAGUUGGCGUUCCUCUUAGUUCUGGUAUAUCAAAAUUGUUUUCCUUCAUGCCAAAGUCCCCAAGCCUCACACCAAUAGCUGUGGUUUCCCCUACUCAGGAGGCUCAGUCAGAUAGAAGGUUUUCAAUACCAUCUCUCUUGCCUUUUCAGUCAUCAGAUGCCAAGUCACACAGAGUAAAUGAACCAGCUGAACCAAUCAGAAAUGAGCCAAACAAAAGCAGUGGUGUCACAAAUGGCAAUGCGACUGUGUCUUCUGUUAAUUCUUUGUUGGGUGAGGUGAACCCUCUGAGUUGCAAAGCCAAACAUUAUUCUGAAAAUGUCAGUCAAGAUCUGAAUGAUACUAAGACAAAGCAGAAGCAGCCAAAUGAUCAGUCUAGAGUUAUGAAUGAUAGUUUACAAUGCAAGACUGUUAAAAAUUCCUCUUUUGAGAAGACACGCAUUACGUCUCAAACACAGAAAACACCUGAAGAUGUAGGAUUUUUUAGUCCUUUUAAAGCAUCUCUCAGUUCAUUAAUCUCAAAUGGAUCUCCAGUGCCUCCACAGACUCAAACACAAACAGUUUAUCCUGUUUUCAGAUCAGCAGAGGACACAAUCAAGUUGGAGUCACAAUCAGAUAAAUCCUUGCUUGGAGACAAGAUAAAACAAUCUUUCCACUCUUCUGACCAUGUAUUUGUCAAACAACCCCAAAAGGUUGAAGGAGGACUGUUUUCUGGAUUGUUUAAGUUUAGAUCUGGCGAAGAUGCAAAUUUAUCCAAAAGUACAUCACAGCAGUCAACCAACAGUCAGCUGAAUCAAACUCUGCCUGCGACAAAAAAAGUUACCAGUGUAAUUUCUUCUCCAGUGUCUGACAAAGUCAACACCACAAUCACAAAAUCAACACCACAGGACAUUAAAGAACCCCACGAGACAAUGUCUAAGGAUAAUGCAGAAACAAGCUGGUUUUCUAGUCUUUUCAAGAUUACUCCAACUGACCUGCAGCCUGGUACUCCAUCAACCCAGGGUCCUAAUAUUCAAAGCUCUUCACUUCCUCAAAGGUCAAAUCAGGGUGAAACAAGACUGCAGCAACAAAAUCCAGUUUCUUCCAGGGAACAUGUGCAAUUAAGGCACCAAAAUCAAGGUUCCAAUGAACAAAAAGCAUCUCUACAUGAACGCCAGGGUCAGUCAACUAUCUUUGAGAAUAAGUCAGGUUCCCAAUCAGCUCCUAACCAACCACAACAAGGGGGUUUACUCUCAGGUUUCAUGAAAUUUGCAUCCAUUGGUGAUGUGGCAACAAGUACUCAACCUAAUCAGCCACAACAAAGCAGCAAAUCUACCCCAAGAAUAAAUCAACAACAAAGUUUUCAGCAAAAUCAUCAUAAUUUUCAACAAAAUAUAUCCAAUACCCUUCUCCCAGAGUCCUCCAGAGAUACUAAGUCAACUUGUAGACCACUUGAAAAUAAUAGCAAUGACUUCUCUCAGAAUCAGUCAACAAUGGCAGAUGCACCACCUCAGCAGAAAGGGAUUUUGUCUGGCCUUUUCAGAUUUGCCUCUACUGACAAUGUCUCAAAUACUCACACAAAGAUGCCAGAGCAGCAGCAGGUAUCAUCAAGUGAAAACUCUGGUCAACUCCUUGUUCAGCAGAAUGCUAAGGGACAGAGUUGCGAAAUUCCUCAACAGUUCAAAUACCAGCAAUUGGAUCAACAUCAGAAAGGCAAAUUAGAUGCCCCUAGACAAAUUGAAAGUGUAUCCCACCAAGUACCCUCUCAAAAAGAUGGCCUUCUAUCUGGUAUCUUCAAGUUUGCCUCUUCAGAUAAUGUUUCUCAAGCAACACAACCAAUGCAUAGAUCUAACAUUCAGAUUGCUCCAUCCCAGCCAAAUCAAAAUGUGACUGGACAAAGCCAUUCUUAUCAAGAUAAUUCAUUUAAACAAAAAUCCCAGUCAGGUGGUCUCAUCUCUGCCUUUCUUAAAAUGUCCUCUGUUGAGACACAAGAACUGACUACACAAUCAUUCUCUAAAGAACACAAAUCAACUGUUACAAAACAAGGUUCUCAUCAGGCAAGACAAGAUACAUCCUGUCAGUCAGGUAUUUUGUCCGGUCUCUUUAGCAAACUCACAUCUGAAGAUUUACCAUCAAUCAAUCAAAAUUCUACUGAACUGAAAACAAGUCAUCAAACUGUACCAAAAAAACUUCCCACUCAGCAAGGACAAUCAAACAGACGACUGCCUGAACUACCUUCUCACAGUCAUGCUGAAAUGCAAAACCAAAAGUCCUUUACCCCCCAAGGUUUAUUAACUGAAACAUGUAGUCAGAAAACAACAGAAACUUCUUCUGCCAAACCAGGAAAUAUGGUUGUGGAAAGAUCACAUCUAAAAGCUGGCACUAUAAACUCACCAGUCUUAACAGCUAACAUUAAUAACAAGCUUAACAGCUAUGACACAGAAAGCCUUGAUUUAAGGACACCAGCAAGUUAUGCAAGGUCACAACAGAAUUGUACUUCAUCAAACAGCACUGGUCUUUUACUCAAUUUAUGUAACUCACAGAAACUUUUGAUGUCAAGUCAUAUAAGAAACACUUCAUAUAGCACAGAAAAUCUUUCUAGCUUUCCUGUUGGUUUCUCCUCUCAAGCAAUAAUGUCACAGACUUAUUUAAGGCAGAGUUAUCCUUAUUUAAAUAACAUAUCAAGAGAGUAUGGUCACCAGCAAGAAUCAUCAUCAUAUGCAAAUUAUGGACUCAGUCCCAAUAAUGAUGAUAACUCAUGGAUUCAAGAAUCUAUUUUGUGGCAACAGCUAAAUGAUCAGUCACUGGGUUACUAUUCAGAUGGAAAUGGCAAUGUACAAGAUGAAUUUCAAAACUCUUCUCAGUGUUUGAACAAUAUAAACAUAGAUGUUAAUCGGCAGAAUUGUUUUACACAGCCACGGCACACUAACAUAGGAGAGAGCAAUAGUCUUCCAGAUUAUGCCAAUGUUUUUUCUAAUAAUUCAAGGAGACCGAGAGUUUGGAAUAGCUAUAACAGUAUGGACGUGAUUAGUACCCAGGAGUCUGAAGGUGUAUUGAAUUUGAGCAUGAAUGGUAAUGCUAAGUUAAGCAAGUGGCACUCAUUAGGUUCAGAGAGUUAUAGCAGUCUAAAUAAUAAUGCAUAUUAUGAGGGCUAUAACGAGGUAGCUCCUUUACACCUGUCUAACUCGACUAAUGGACAACAUGCAUAUCAAGGUAUAUCAGACAUAUUUAGUCAACCAGGAAGUAAUGAAAGCUAUAUUAAUGUACCUUCAUAUGGCAAUGGUUGGAACCACCUUUUGACAAGCAACAUUGAUGAGGAGGAAUAUAUGUACUUUGAGGAGUCGGAGUGGUAUCAGCAAUGGCUUUCACUUUUGGAACAAGGAAUGUGGUGGCCUGCAGAUGAUGGGGAUUGCGGAUAUUUUGUCUAUACUGAUUAUGAGUAUAUUUAUGCUCUGCUGACAGAUGAGUCUGGUCAAUAUGUGUAUGCAUGUGCUCCAGAACAAGAGUGGGAAAAUACAGGGGAUUUCUAUCCUACUGCUUGGUUGUAUAAUGAGAUGGUUAAAGUUUGUGGUUUCAAGAUUCCUCUCUACAAUGAAGAUGAGCUCCUCUGGUUUCCAGGGCAAGACCAAAGUGAAGCUGAACUUCUAACUGCACCACUUGACUUGUCUGCAGUCUACAGAGAAGGUAAUCAAAUCAUGAAUUUGAACUUGGAGAGUUUCUGCCAGAAGUUUGAGGACUCUAUUUUCAAUCAAACACAGCAGGCCCUUGACUUUUCCACUUAUCGGUUCAACAAAGUUAAGAUGGAUGCAAGACAACAUUUUCAGAACGACUGUGCCAUCUGGGAUCCUUCUCAGGAAGCUAUUGAUCUAUCAUGUUAUGGUGCCAACCACAAUACUAAAAAUAUCAGUAGCAAAGGAGUAAAAGAGCUGUUGUCUCAGAAGGUGUCUAUUUCAUUUGGUGCAACUCCUACCACUAAUUCUGGUGAAUACAUCUGCUACCAGCCUCAACAGAGACGGCGUUCAUCUACUGGAGUGCAAGUAAAGCACAUAGAUGACAUUUCAGAAGAAGAGUGGCGUAAGAGAGUACAAACUGGAGAGGAGCAGCCAAAUCGAUCCAUUAAGAAAAUCUCUUCCUUCCUAUCUUCUAUUGUUGGCAAAAAUCCUGAAACCAAAAACACAGCUAGCUCAAGGUCAACUUUUGCUAAAGAUGCCACUUACACAGAACAGUAUCUAAGCAAGCUUACUGAAACGCACAAUGUUGAUCAGCAAGGCAAAGAUAUUGUCACAACAGGACUACAGAGCCUCAAAUCAAAAAUUAUAAAGGAUGACUCAUCUUCUGCAGCAGUCAAGUCUGAGAUUACAAGAGUUUCAACAACAUCUGGAGUUUUGCUAACGUCUCAACAAAUACCAGUUUCCACAACUUUUCAGGGUAUAUCGCCCUUAUCCCAGAAACCUAAACUAGCUAGACAAGCCACAUUGUCAAGAGAAACUUCUGUUCCUUCAACAUACCUGGUUUCUACCACUUCAACUUCAAGCAACUCCUUAAGUGUAACCUCCAAGCCUGCUACUACAGAGUUUUCUCACCCAGUGGAUGCACAUGGUCCAAAAUCAUCUGAGCAAUCAGGAGGUUUUUUAAACUUUUUCAAGACAUCAGUGGGAAUAGAGGGGCCCAAAUCAGAGCCUUAUGUAUCAUCCCAGCCAGUAACUAGACACUCAGACAAAGAUGGAUCUAUUCCUGUUGGCAUGAACACAAACCAAGAAAAAACAAGAAUUUCAACUAUCUUUGGGUCAGUAGGCGAUUUCUUUAACAAAGAAUGUCCUCCUCACACAAAAUCACAGACAGAUCUACAACAGUCUUCCUCACAGGUGUUACCAGCCUCUAUGAAAAAUGAAGAAAACAAAGACUGCCAACAAAUGACAACAGUGCGUGAAGGAAUUCAGAAACAACAAACAAUAAAUACAUGCAGUGAGUCAGAGUUGUUUGUGUCGCAGUCAUUUCAAGUAAAGAGCACCUCUGCAUCUCACACAUUUUCUACUGAUGCAAACAGGGGACCAACACCAGAGAGAUCUCAAACUAUGCCACCAACUGGAAAAAUGAGACCAGAAGCAUCUUCCAAACAAUCCACUGGGCUGCUUGGUUUAUCUGUUGGGGACAUUUUCUCUGGGACCCCAUCAUCUAAAGAGGAGCCUUCAGGCAAAGGGCUGCUGUCCCUAUUUGCUAGUUCCGGUCAGCAACAAGCUCAAUGUCAAACUGGGUCUGCUGCUUCUCAAGAGCCACUAGGUAAAAAUAUCCUGACUUUUUUUGGUAGUUCCAGUAUGCAACAUACUUCACCACAAUCUGGGUUGACAAGUCAGUCUAACAUACCAGGAUCUGCUCCUCCCAAAGAGACUUCAGGUCUGAAUUUAUUUUCUAUUUUUGGUGGGACCAAUACAGAGCAGUCUCAAACACAAAUUGGUUCUUCUAACCAAAAACAAACAUCAGGCACUGUUCUUCCAACAGAAACAUUAGGCAUGAGAUUACCCUCCAUGAGCAAUAGUUCUAACAAUCAGCAGGCUUCACCACAGAUUGAAUCCUCAAAUCAAUUUUCAUCAUCAAAUGGAGCUGAUCAACCUAAAGAUACACCAUUAAAAGGACUUCUUUCUAUGUUCAGUGACCCUAAUCUUCAUAAAACAUCACAACCAGGACCUACCACUCAGCCUGAGUUUCAAGGAAGUGGACAACCAAAAGAGCCUCUGGUUAAAGGCUUGUUCUCUAUGUUUGGUAGUUCUAGUCAACAACCAGCUUCACAUCAGGCAGAAUCUAUUUUUGGUAAAAUAUUGGGGGAAUCUUCAAGCUCUAGUAACAGUCCACCAAAAAGCCUAUUCUCCAUGUUUGGGGCACAAAGCCCACAGCCACCAGCAAGUCCUCAACCAACAACUAGAUCAUCUUUAGACAACAGAGUUUCAGAGAUUGUCUCUCAAAAUGAGCAGACAGGUAAACAGGUGCCAGAUUGUAGUUCUAAUAAGGGUCCAGCAAAGGGAUUGCUUUCAGGGUCAGAUAAACCCAUACACUCAUCGCAUAUAGAGAGUGGCUUUUCUUCUAAAUCUGUUCACCCAGCAAAUGAGCCAUGUAAAGAGUCAUCUAUUAAUGAAAUACCCAUAUUGUCUAGUAAAUCAAACUCUCAGCAAUCCCCACAACAACAAGUGACACAUUCUACUUCACUUGAUGUUAAAGAGUUUACAGAAUCACAAAGUAAAAUCUUACCAUCUGUGGUGACCAGUCAGAUAUUACAGUCAAGCUCCUUGCAACACUCCUCUUUUGUAUAUGAACAUUUAUCAAAUGAAACCCCUGGAAAAGGUCGAUUUUCAAAUCUCAGUGGGUCUACAAUUGAACCAAGUGAGACACAGGUUACACCAAGCUUUAAUCGAACUAGCUCAGUCCCAAAAACAUUGCACGAAGUAUUACCACCUAUUGAUGUUAGUUUUGCAUCUUCUGGAUCUAGCAACCCACCAGCACCCCAAGAGGGUUCUUCCACUGAGGGUACAGCACCAACGAAAGACAGAGUAACCUCAGACUUUCUGUCUAUCUUUUCUGGAUCAGGUUCUCAAAAUGCUUCAUCUCAUACUGGAUCUAUACUUGGUGGAAUUUUCCCUGGUACUCCAAGCUCAAAGGAAAUUCCUGGUAAAAAUCUGUUUUCUAUGUUUUCUGGAGCUAGUUCACAACCCAGUGCAGCCAAUAUCGGACAGAAAGCUGAAAGCAGUAUUCCAGGAGCUUCUGCUUUUAAUGAGUUACCAGGAAAAAGUUUGUUUUCUGUGUUUAGUGGGUCAAGUCCACACCAAGCUACCUCCCAGACACCUUCAUUAUUAGGAAGUAUUCUACCUGGAGUAGCUUCAAAAGACACUCCAGGUAAAGGUCUUUUUUCAAUGUUCAGUGGUUCCAGUUCAACAUCUACACCCAAUGAUAAAGGACCAACAUCUAAACCAUCAGAAACCGAGAGGGUGUUCAAGAUUACAUCAUUGUUCUCACAAAGUAAUGUCAUUGAUGACAAAUCAAAGACUGAGGGGUUUGGCCUAUUAAAUAUGCCAUUCAUGGAAGAAAACAAAUCUGAGCCCCAGAACUCUCAGGUUUAUGAUUCGAAAGACUUUACCCCCUUGGCUGAUCAAGUAAAACCAGCCUCUAUUCAUUCGGUUCAUUCUGAUAUGAGUAAAAAAUGUCCUGAGCGAACUGCUAAGGACAUAUCUGUUGAAGGGAGUCACCUAGAUGUUACACAGGAGACAACCAGUUCUAAACCUGAAGAAGCUUCAUCAAAGGAUAUUUUUUCAGCCUCAAAGCAGAGUAUAAAAGAAGAAAGUCUGUCCACUGAUUUUCCACAUAAGCAUAUAAAAGAUGAACAUCUCAAAGACUUUCUUAAAGAAGAGCAGCCUCAACCUUCCGAACCACAGAAAUCUGUCAUAGAUUCAUCUGCUAAGGCAGUCACUGGCUUCAUGUCUAAAAUAUUUUCUGGUACAAGUUCAGCAACAAAAUCUUCACCUGGACCAGGACCUGACCAACAAAACAUCUCACUCUUUGGGUUUUCAGGUAGCAUACCCACAGAAUCUAUCAAAAAUGACCUUUUUAGUAUCUUCAAACCGGAAGCACCAAAAACAACUGACAUGGCACCACCUGUUACCUCUGCUCCUCAAUCUCUUCAGUCAGUCCAAGACCAAAUGGCACAAAAUGAUUCAUUAUCAUCUUCAAUGGAUGUUACAUUGUGUGAAGGCAAAAAUAAUAUCAUUGACAAAAAUGAAAUGUCUGCUAAUGAUACUUCAUUCAGUAAUUCUACACUUGCUGUAGACUCUGCAUCUUGUCAGCCAUCUGAAACGGAUGUUAAGGAGUCUAUUUUGGAGGAAGAAGUAAUACAGGACAACACUAUUUCCAUUGUUUCUGAACCUAAAGCCAAAGACAAAUCUAUACCUGCAAAAGACAGCAGCCCAAACACAAAUCUGCAGCCUCCAACAUCAGAACCUCAGUCUAUAUUUAGCAUGCCAAGUUUUACAGUACCCAAGUUUGGGUUAAUGUCUGGACCUGCAGAUGCUGGAAAGUCUUUUGGAUCUUUCUUUUCUUCACCACCCACAAUACCAAACCCAGAAGGCAAGCUUCUUUCUGGAUUGAAGUCAUUUUCAGCAGGACUGUUUCAAGAGGAGAAGCCAGUGGCAUCAAAUGAACCACCAACAUCUUUGUUUGGAACAAAAUUAGGUUUUCCAUGGCAGAAAGAGACUCCAACACCUAAUCAACAAACACCUCAGAUUGUUACAACACAGCCGAAAGCUAAUGAGAGUAAAGUAGACAUUAAAGAUAAUACUGCUAAAACAAGACAUGGCUAUCUAAUCUCAAAAGGUGAAAAUUGUGUUAUUACACAGCCUAGUGAUAUUAAACAAGACAUUGUUGCAAACUCGGAAAAUAAUUCUGAUACUGAUAUCCAAGAGAAAAUUGGUGUUCCAGUCAACGACACAGAUAAACCCCAAACUAGUGCCUCCACACCCGAUCUUCCAUUUCAAAAACAACUAGAAAUCCAUGUCCAGACCCCCUUUUCUACAGAUGUCUCAUCAGGAUUACAACAGGAAAUGGACCUUUUGAUUCCAAAAAGGCUAGUAGAAGCAUAAUAAAUGGUUUUAUUAA